CAAAUUGUAGCGGCCGCUGCUCGUGAAUGCACCGGGCUGGCGGGCCGCCUUCGCCACCCAAACAAACCCUCAGCGGCACCGCGUGCGGUUCCCGCGCCGACUCCUGCCUGCCUGGCGCCCGGCAACCUCGCCUCGUCCGCGGCUCCCGAAGCCACCCGCCGUCCCGGUGCCAUCCCAGGCACGAGAAAGUUGGGAGCGGAGUGAGUGUGGGGGCUGCAGAAGAGACUCUCUCCUCCCCUCCCCAGGACUGCGCGGGGAAGGUGGGAUUAAAGGCGGAAAAGGAGGAGAGGGAGGGUGGAAAACUGUUGAAUUUCUGGGCUUGCGCUAGCGACGCGCCUUGGCCAUCCUCGCAGCGGUGAAGGAGAAGCGGGGAAAGUAACUCGGGGAAGUGACGGGGAUUAUUUUUCAAUCCGAGAGGAGUCUUUUGGAAAAGAAAAGCAACGAUUUGCACGCCCUGAAGAGCGAGCUAGUAGGAAGCCUUGCACAGACACAUGCUCCUGGGCGAGCGUGCAGGAUCGUACUCUUCCUCAAGUCAACAGGGUACUACGUUAAAAAAAAAACACAUAGUAAACAGAGACACGUCAUGCAAGAGAAAAAAAAGAAGAUGGGAAUGAAGGAAAAAAGAAACUAAAACCAGGGGGAGGCGGAGAAAACACAGUGACAGCAAAUUACUUCCAAAACAGAGUGUAUGUCUGCCGUGACCCGGGAUUUUAGGGGGUGCCCCCUUAAGAAUCACCCCUUUCUCCAACCCAAGUCUCUCUUCUCCUCUGACACAGACUCCUCUGCUUGGUUGUAGGAGAGAAGAAGGAAUAAGAGGAUUCGUUCAGCAGCGCCUGCGAUCUGCGGCUGCUGCUUCUUUGGAGAUUUGUUUUGUUCCUGGGGGAUGUUGGUUUCCAGAACUCGACUUGUGCAUGUUGCUCUUUUAAUUUGAUCGCAGAUUUCGGUCUGCUGGUUGCUUGUGUUGCAAGAGAAGGAAAGGGGAGCCUGGCUUCGGUGUUAAAAGUUGCAAUUAUUAUUUUGCAGCUAACAUGUGCACCAACAUAGUCUAUGAGUGGCUGAAGACCCUGCAGCUUUCCCAGUACGCGGAGUCCUUCGUAGAUAAUGGCUAUGAUGACCUGGAGGUUUGCAAGCAAAUAGGGGACCCGGACCUGGAUGCCAUUGGGGUGUUGGUACCCCACCACAGGCGCCGAAUCUUUGAAGCAGUGAUGAGGUUGAAAGAAGAGGACGAGACCGCUGCUGGUCUCUAUUUCACCUUGGAGCCUCAGCAGCAGCAGGGCUCGCUCUCCCCCUCCCCGGAGAUCUACACUAGCCACCUGGUGGAGCAGUAUGAGACUAAGGCUUGGAGGGAGCCUAGCCCUCACCAUCAUCAAGGGAACCAGGGGACCCCCAGGAGCCAAAAACUUGGGCCCCGCAGCAGGGAGCUGGUGAUUUACCCCAAACUGAAACUGAAAAUCAUGAUUAGGGAUAAACUUAUCCGGGAUGGGAUCAACCUGAGCAAGCCCCCUUACUCCAACAAGGUGAAGUAUGUAUCUGCACAUCAAUAGAGAUAAAGAAUCUGGAUGGUAUUUCUUUUGAAUCUGAACAAAGAAAAUUAGCCUCAAAUUAAAAGUAGCAGUCAUGACUACUUGACAUAAUUUAAUAUGACUUGCUUUAAGAAGAGCGAAUUUUGAAUUCAAGCCAUCUGCCUAGGGUGAUUUCAGACAUGCAGGUCUAUCACUAACCAUAUUGUGGA